CCGCAGCGGAGAAAGUCUCGGCUUCUUCCUCACUGUUUAAAAGUUGCUUUAAAGUCACUAGCCUAGCGACUGAGGUUCCUCGAUCUCCCGAACACUCUAAGUACAUUACAGCAGCCCAAUUCCAGGUGCGAACACGUGCCUCGCUGCCAUUGAUGUUCCUUCGACACAUUCCACCACGACUGCACACACCGCUGAGCUGGUCCUCGCGGUCUCUCGUCGCGCCAAUGCCUCUGCGCGCCAAGGUGACCAACCCAGCUUUUGGGAGAAUGCUGGCUACCGCGCCCGAACCCCCCAAAGAACUCCCAGGCGACGAGCCCGACGACGUCCUCUUCCACUCGCACUAUGGCGUGCGCUUGAUCGAGCUCAACCGGCCCAAGAAGCUCAACUCUCUCAAUGGCUCGAUGGCUCGCAAGAUCCUACCUCGUCUAUUGGAAUGGGAAAAAUCACAACUGGCCAACGUCGUCAUGGUCUCCGGCGCCGGCGAGAAAGCGUUUUGUGCGGGCGGCGACGUCGCAGCCCUCGCGAAAUGGAACCAGGAAGGCCCGAAGGGACAGCAAAAAUCGACGGACUACUUUGGCCUGGAAUACCAGUUGGAUCAUGUGAUAGCAACCUACACGAAGCCCUACGUCGCUGUGAUGGAUGGUAUUACAAUGGGCGGUGGUGUUGGCUUGAGUGUGCAUGCCCCCUUCCGCAUCGCUACUGAACGCACCCUAUUCGCCAUGCCCGAGACCACCAUCGGAUUCUUCCCGGACGUCGGUGGCUCGUUUUUCCUCUCUCGUCUUGACGGUGAGGUCGGUACAUAUCUGGGCCUGACGUCAGAGCGGUUGGACGGCGUGCAAGCCCUUUACAGCGGCAUUGCUACGCACUACAUGCAUUCCAGCGUGCUUGGAAACCUGACGAACCGCUUGUCCGAACUGGUCUUCAACGACUCCGCCAAACUUGAUGAGCGUCUGACCCUAGUCAACAAAACCAUCAACGAGUUCUCCACUGGCCUGCCACAAGAACCGAUUCUUCUACGCUACAAGCUGCGCCAGGCAAUUGACCGAUGUUUCCAGCACAACACAAUCGAGGAGAUUUUCGCCGCACUAGAGGAGGAGAAAGACCAGAAACCCUGGGCACAGAAAACCCUAAAGACGCUGUCAGAACGAUCACCGACAUCGCUGAAGGUCACGCUGCGGCAGCUUCGACUAGGCCGGGAUUGGACCAUCGACGAAGCUUUCCGCCGCGAACACGCCAUUGCAGCGCAUUUCAUGCGGCAUCCGGAUUUUGUCGAGGGUGUCUCGGCGAAAUUGAUCGCUAAGCCGCCUAAGAAUCCCGAAUGGAAGCCUUCGAGGCUGACAGAUGUGAAGGCGAGUGAUGUCAACGAGUUUUUUAAAGCUCCAGAGGAAGAGCUAGCUCUGUUUAACAGGGACAGCUACGCCAACUACCCGCACGCCAAAUACGCGUUGCCGUCAGAAGAUGAUAUUGGGAAGUUUGUGCGGGAGAGUGAGGGCGCGGGCCAUUCGAUUGUGACUGAGUUUGCUAAUACCUGGGGGCAGAAGGAGGGUGUUAAGGCAAAGCUGACUGAUGUUCUCGGUCGACGGACAGUCAAGACCGAUGAUGGGUAUAAAUGGAUUGAGUAAAUUAGAGUGCUGCUUCUGUCGUAUUAAACAUAAUCUGUGAAUACAAUGUAUUAUUGGUUAAUAAUAAACGUAACAUAGUAGUUUGAUAUAACCAUAUUUGACAUCCA